AUGUUCUCGGUCGAGCAUCCGAUGUACACCGCGCCCGGCAGGCCCGGCUGGUCGCGCGAUCCCGACAACCGCCUUGCCUGGCCGGUGAACCGCUACGCCGACGAAGGCGAGCGCUCGACCGACUGGCUGGCCAAGGGCGUGAUCAAGCAGCACCGCACGCUCGCACGUUACGUGAACCUGCUGAUCGAGACGGGCUUCACGCUUUCGCGCCUGGAGGAAUGGUGCUCCAGCGCCGAGCAGAUCGCCGCCCAUCCCGACUGGGCCGGCACCGAAGAGCGUCCGUCCUUCCUGCUGAUCUCCGCGCAGCGUUAG